GUUGCCUGUUCACAAUUGGAGGCAGCAGGGAGUGAAGCAGCAUCUGUAUGAGGCGAGAGAAAGAACCUGCAUGGAAUGGAGGAGAGCUAGAGCAGCACUGUCGCUGUCGUCAAGACUCCCACCGCCUCCAACACUGCAUCCUCUUCGGAUCGUGUGUUAAUGGAAGACACUCACAGCAGCUCUGUGAUGCCCGAGGGACCAGCUGCGUGGAUCCAGUGCCACCUCUGAUAUGAUGCUGAGAGCAGGAGGGGCAGCCACCUCUCUCGCACUGCUGCUGCUGCUGCCGCUGCUGUGUUGCUGCCACCUGUGCCACUCACUGCGGGUUCCAAAACUCUCCUCCUUUGCAAAAGCAGAGGAUAAGCUGUUUAAAUACCUCUUUGGAAGCUACCAGAAAUGGGUCCGUCCAGUGGAAUACCUAAACCAGACGAUCCGUGUGAAGUUUGGACUGGCCAUCUCCCAGUUAGUUGAUGUGGAUGAGAAAAAUCAGCGAAUGACAACCAAUGUGUGGAUGAAACAGGAGUGGAUUGACAGAAAACUCAGAUGGAACCCUGACGACUAUCAGGGCAUCACAAUUAUCCGAGUUCCCUCCGACAGGAUCUGGCUCCCUGACGUUGUACUAUAUGAUAAUUCAGAUGGGCGUUUUGAGGGCACUGUCACCAAAGCAGUUGUUAAGUAUGAUGGAACCAUAACAUGGACACCCCCAGCCAAUUACAAGUCAGCCUGCACCAUUGAUGUCACCUUCUUCCCUUUUGAUCUCCAGAACUGUUCGAUGAAGUUUGGCUCCUGGACAUAUGAUGGCUCCCAGGUGGACAUAAUUUUGGAGGACUUCCAUGUGGACAAACGGGACUAUUUUGACAACGGUGAAUGGGAGAUAGUGAAGGCCACAGGCAGCCGUGGUCUGAGGACAGACAGCAGCUCUUCCUAUCCCACCAUCACCUACUUCUUCAUCAUCCGCAGGUUGCCUCUUUUCUACACCCUCUUCCUCAUCAUCCCCUGCAUUGGCCUCUCCUUCCUCACCAUCCUCGUCUUCUAUCUGCCCUCCAACGGAGGCGAGAAGAUCUCCCUCUGCACCUCAGUCCUGGUGUCGCUCACAGUUUUCCUCCUGGUCAUUGAGGAGAUCAUUCCCUCCUCUUCAAAGGCUAUCCCUCUCAUCGGGGAGUACUUGGUCUUCACUAUGAUCUUCGUCACGCUCUCCAUCAUCAUCACCGUCUUUGCCAUUAACAUCCACCAUCGCUCCUCUUCGACACAUCAUGGCAUGGCACCCUGGGUGAGGAGGAUCUUCCUGCAUCGACUGCCCAAGCUGCUGUGCAUGCGCAGCCAUGCGGACCGUUACGCUGCAGCUGGAGUAGCCAGAGGAGGAGGAGGAGCAGCAGUAGGACAGGGCAUGACGAAGGACUCCAGAGCACCUGAACUGACACCUCUGCUCUACAACAGACAUAACCUACAAGCAGCCUUGGAUUCUAUUCGCUACAUAACAAUGCAUGUGGUUAAGGAAAAUGAAGUCAGAGAGGUGGUUCAAGACUGGAAAUUUGUAGCCCAGGUCCUGGAUCGAAUGUUUCUUUGGGCCUUCCUGUUGGUGUCCAUCCUGGGCUCUGCUCUCCUCUUCAUCCCGGUUAUUUACAAAUGGGCCAGCAUCAUUGUCCCUAACCAUGCUGGAAGUACCCUCUAAGAGCCACAGUUCAGCGAACCACCACGGGGGGAAAGCACAUCAACAGCUCAUUAUGGGUGUUAUUUGACAUUUAAAAGACUGAGAUACUGGGAUUACCUCUCAGAUUUGGUCCUGCUCUGCUCAUCCACAGUCAUUCUGUAAGCCACAGCUGUGCCAGAGAUCAAGCUGCAGAUUUGGGGCCUUGUUUGCUGAGUGUAUCUCACAGAGACUUUUUUUUGUUCUUUAAGAGAUAUUUUAAAUCCUGUAUUUCUAAGUUUAAAGAUAAAUGAAAGGACUCAAAUGAUGUAUUACCUACGAUAAGAAAAAUCAACCAUGCUCCAUCCAUUUUUGUCUACAUUUCACACAUACAUUUCAAUACAUUCAUUUCACAAACUUGCUGGCAUCAUAGAGUGGAGAUUUACCUCUUUUUUCUCACUUUUUAUUUAUUUAAAAUUUUCAUCUUACAUGUACAGUACUUUGUUCACUAUCAUAUAAAGUUAUUUCAUCUUUCAGUUUAAAAGCGAAAAUAAAUAAAGGAAUAAAGCAAAAUAGCAUAACGUGAUGCAGGCAUCAUAUAUAUAUACACCCAAUCCCCAUAUUUUAAGGUGAGAAAAUAAAAAAAUAAGUACAAAUUAAAAUUGAAAUAAAAAAAGAAACUUAUAGUAAUCCAUCGUAAUUUAGAAUAAAUACAAAUAAAUUGACAAGUACAUCAAAGAAAAAAGAGGUUGUACAGCAUGUCUUCAUAAUAGUUGUCCUUACUUUGAUUAAUAAUGAAACAUAUUUCCCCAAGGACCAAAGCAGAGAAAGAAAAAACAUAUUUGGGUCUGAUAGGGAUUCGUAGAUAUGAAAUAGCAUGAUAACGUCCUCACGGGAUCAUUUAGAUCUAAUAGCUGUUGUGAUUAUGGUGGUUGCAGGGUACAUUGAUGAACACCAAUUCACUUCAAUAAAACUUUAUUUAUUGCUGUAAGAGCAGUUAUAUGGCAGCUAGCUGCCCAGUUAGACAGAAACACACACGCAAUAGAUAGGAGAAGACCUUUGUUCUUAUUUUACUAUGUCUGCAUAUCCAGUAUAUCUAGAGUUUGGAAAAAUGACCACUUUAUCUGUAGAGCAUACAUCAAAUAAAAGUGAUGGUUCAACGUUGCUUUUCUGUAAUUCUACUCUCACAAAUGUGAUAAAGGGCAAGGACAAGGAGAUGAGAAUAGAGCCACAUAUUUCUCCCAAUAAAAGACCUGUACCACACCUCUUGAAGGACACACAUUGUGUAAUAGUUUCUCUAUUCAUUCUGCUGACUGAGCGUGGGAAUAGAGGGAGGGUUUCUUGCCCAGACAUGAGUUUCCCUGGCAGGCCUGAGGGCAGAUUCUGCAUUCCUUACACAGACUGUAAGACGAUCCUUAGUAACAGAUCAGUGCAGAGAUGCUGUGUGUCUAGGUUGUUUUUAGCACAGCAGAAAGCCUUGCUCCAUCAAAAGUGAAAAAUUAGGCUCAUAACAUUUCCAAAUCAGUCUUAAUAGUUGAAUGACAUGUAGAUACCUCAGAUGAGAAGGGCCUCAGUUUUUACGACACCACUUUUAACGUAUCCAAGCACCAGAAGACUCUCUCUGUGCUCCAGCAGCUCAGUCUUUGGCUGAGCCUGCGCUGCCUCUGCAUGGCCAUGUCUUCACAUUACAGCUGGAGCAACAACCUACACAAACACAUCCAUGAUUAUAGUGAGAAAAUCUGGGACAUUCCAGUCCCAAAUUACUGCUACGCUUAAUAUGGACUGUAGAUAAAAAAAUAA